AGAGUGACCAAUUUGACAGAAACCCAUAAAAAAGCCAUCAGGUCCUUAAGAAAAAUCAAGUAUUUUGUGGCGCGUAGGAAAUUUCGGGAGGCGUUGAGACCGUAUGAUGUAAAGGAUGUGAUAGAACAAUACUCCGCGGGGCAUAUUGAUAUGCUUGCUCGAGUCAAAAACUUGCAGGGAAGGUUGGAUCAGAUUUUAGGUAAAGCCGGAAGUAAGAAUAAAGAUGUGUAUGAUUCCAAACAAAGUCUAGCUUCCAGGGUGGUUAAAGUUGAAAGACAGGUUGAUGAUAUCGAAUCCAAAGUUGACAUCCUGAUUGACAUGUACAAAGAAGACAGGAAACUCUUACUUCAGCAUUUACAAACACAUUACAGUGUCAAUAACACACCAAGUCCCACCCCUUCCACUGCCCACUCUUCCACUCAGCCUAAGCCCCGCCCUAAACCUAUCUUAGUGGACAAACAAUUCACCAGUGAGCCAGCCACUCCCACUGGAGCCACUCAUCCAGUCAGACCUAUGCAACGAAACUUGUCAGACUUGAGUCAGCGAAUCAAAAAGCGGGUGACU